AUGACUGACUCAGAAGUCAUAUUCGUACAUGAAUCAGUCAAUCGCCUUUCGCAGGAGAUCCGUCUUAUCUGCGUCAUUCCCGAGGCUGAUGGCCUAAUCACGUGCAAACUGAAGCGUGUCAAUCUCCAAUCCAACAAAACGCCCGAGUAUCGGGCUUUGUCAUACACCUGGGGUGCACCAGAUCCUGUUCAAAAGAUCGCCGUGAACAACCAAUCCUUCCUUGUACGACAGAAUCUCUACGAUUUCCUCAAAGCCUUUCGGGCACGCCUCUAUCGGUUUCAAGAUUGUAGUAACUACGAAAACGAGACGCAAUGGCUUUGGAUCGAUCAGAUUUGUAUUGAUCAGUCUAUUGUCGAGGAACGGAAUCACCAGGUCGAAAUGAUGUCGGAUCUACCGAAGAGCAAGCUACGUCUACGUGUGGCUUGGUAA